GUGCAUUCUGCAAGGAGUAAGGCGUCAACUGUGGCUGAGCCGCGCCACCCUCUCCUUGGCGUUAAGCGCGGGUGGAGAUCGCGUCUCCCUGAAAUUCUACGCGACUUGACAAGUUCAACGACAGCAGCAGCUUCAAGUUUCAAUAUCGCGAUGGCUUCUCUCUUUUCCAUGCCAAACGAGCUGAGAAUAUCCUCUUUAUGCUCUCGAUUCCCUUGCAGGGAGCAGCAGAUCCGAUCUUUGGCUACGAUACUUUCUGCACGGGCUGCACCGAGUCGAAAUAUCAUCCUCCACGGCCUCGAAGCAACGGGAAAGAGUUCCAUAACCAAAGCUAUUCUCGAAGAGCUCGCUACAGAACAGGAAGCUACCAAUGGCACCCCCAAUGGAGACACUCCACACGAUAGUCUUCGAUACGCCAUUGUCAAAAGCGCAGAAUGCAUAACAGGAAGACAUCUACUCGAGCAAACUGUCGGCGCUGUAGCCAAAGCCGUGGAAUGGAAAGGGCCGGUUGGACGCUGCGAAAAUCUCUCACAACUGGUCGUUGAACUCAGCAGAGUCCUCUCAAGCUGGACAGCAUCAGAGAAUGGAAACAGCAGAUUUGUGCUCGUAUUCGACGGCAUCGACCGCCAACGAGAUGCUCCACCAACUCUCCCUCCCGCAUUAGCAAGGUUGGGAGAAAUCAUCCCAUCCCUGACAAUCCUAUUCCUCCUUACAUCCCCGCGCCCUCAACUCCUCCACUUCCCCGGUGUCCCCCACAUCCUGUUCCCCUCCUACACCAAGCCCGAACUCCUCCUCAUACUCGCCCUCGUACUCCCCACCCCCCUCCUCCCAUCAGGAGAAAAAGACACCCGCGAAACACACACCCGUUUCCUGUCCGCCGUCUACGAUUCCCUCUCAAAGCAUUCAGGUCGUGACCUCGCCUCUUUCCAACAUGUCGCAGCUCAACUCUGGCCCCGCUUCAUCCGACCUGUUCUCUCCGGUGAACUUUCGCCGACACCAUUCUCACGCCUUCUGCUCGCAAACCGGUCAAUGUUCCAAGACGACUCUGUCCUCGUCCCAAACAUUAUCUCAGCACCCACCACCAACCCCAAAACUACAACCCAAGCCUCUCUCCCAAAAGCAGGAAAAACACACAUCCUCACCAACCUCCUCCCCUUUCACUCCCGUCUCCUCCUCAUCGCCUCGUAUCUCGCCUCUUACAACCCCCCUCGCCUCGACGUCGUCCUCUUCAUGAAGACCUCCCUCCAAAAGCGCCGCAAGAAAGGCGGCGGCACCGCCCUCUCCCGAACCACCAAAGCAUCAGCCUCCAAAUCCCGCAAAAUAUCACGUAAACUCCUGGGGCCACAAGCGUUUGUGCUGGAGCGGAUGUUAGCGAUCUUCCACGCCAUCAGAGAAGAGAGCAAGGGCGCGAGGGGGAGAGGGAAUGUGAAUGGAAGCGCGGAUCUCCAAACAGCGAUAGCGACACUCUGUAGUUUGCGGAUGUUAGUCAGGGUUGGUAGCGCCGAUGCGCUGGAUGGAGGAGCGCGGUACAGGGUGGCUGUUGGGUGGGAGGUGGUUAGGAAUAUUGGGCGGAGCGUGGGGGUUGAGGUUGAGGAGUGGGUUGGUGAAUAGAUUAUCCUCUUCUUUCCAGCCUACUAGAGUAGAGGGUACGAAUAUUAAAUGCUAUUUUAUUCCACGAUUCUGCUCGAUUCAUGCUAUGAUGAAGCUUUAAUUAAGUCUGAUCUGCUUGACUCCAUCCGC